AUGUCAUCCUGGCUCCCUGGCGGUGGCAGCGGCGGCGGCGGCGGUGCCUUCGCGGGCACUGGCGCCUCGCGCUGGAUCAAUAUGGACACCAACCAGGUCAAGAACCUGGGCGGCGAGCUGACCGGCGAGAACGACGCCUUUUCCAAGAAGCUCGGCAUCGAUCUGACGCGGCAGCAGAGGAUGAUUGGAUUCGGAGCAUGCCUGGGCAUCGGCUUCGUCAUGUCGAUCCUGGGCUCCGUCUUCCUCUUCACCGGCUCGCUGGUGUCGUUCGCCAUCCUCUACUCGGUCGGCGUCGUCGUCUCGCUGACGGGCACGGGGUUCCUCCUCGGGUUCAUGAAGCAGUUCCGGCAGAUGUUUGCGAAGGUCCGCAUCGCCUUUACGUUAGCCAUGAUCGCCGCAUUCAUCAUGGUCUGGGUAUCGGCGUUUGCGAUCGGGUCUGCGAUCGUCUCGCUCAUCUUUGUCGUCGUGCUCUACGUGGCCUUCACGCUCUACUCGCUCAGCUACAUUCCAUACUGCAUCGACCUGCUCAAGAGGAUGGCCAACAAGUUCUUCUGA